AUGAAGUCCGAGAUUAACAAUACAAAAGAUUGGGCAAAAUGCAAUGGCUCAUCUCAUGGACUUGCAGAGAUCUUGAAAAACGACACUCGUGUUCAGCUAGCUGGCAUUGACUGCGAUGGCCAGCUCCGUGGUAAAGUCAUGUCGAAGGAAAAGUUCCUUUCGAUAGUUGAUUCAGGCUUCGGUAUGAGCUCCGCCAUAUUCGGCUGGGACAUGCAUGACAUGCUUUUCGAUGAGAACAACACUAUUGCGUCGUCUGAGCAAGGCUAUGCCGAUUUUACCAGUGUGGUUGAUCAGCUUUCAAUGCGCCGUCUGCCCUGGGCUCAAAAUAUGCCGUUUUUCCUACUUCGAUUUACUGCCAAUGAUCAGGCAGUCUCCGCCUGUGGUCGAAGCAUGAUAAAGAUGCUUUCAAAAAAUCUAGCUGAGGCCGGCUGUAAAGGAGUGGCUGGAGGUAUGCUAUAUACUAUACACCCCUCAAAGUGCCAGGUUGUACUAAUGGCUGAAGUUGAAUUGGAAUUUUUCAACUAUCAAACACCAUCGGAAGAUGGAUACCACGAUCAGAAUCCUUCAAAGCGAAAGAACCUUGCGGCCUUCCUGCGCAACCACCAACCCUCCGAUCUCCGACCAUUGACAGAUGGUAUGUUUGGAUACAGCGUUGCCCGCCCCAUGGCUUCGAGUGAUUUCUUCUUUGAUGUCAUAGAUACAUGUGCGAGAUUGGAUUGUCAGAUUGAGAGUUGGCAUACUGAAUCGGGCCCUGGAGUUUUUGAAGCAGCACUCCGCGUUUGCGAGAUAGAAGAAAUGGCGGACAGGGUUUCCUUAUUCAAGUGA